GUUCUUGACAGAUUCGACUUCAGAUUGAGAGAAUUCAAGAUGGCUGCUACAGGUUCUAAGUAAAGAGCCAACUCCUCUGGACCCCACUGUGCAUGAAGCUGUCCUGAGGUUGCAGUGUUGCAGUGCAAGUACUACAUCCCCAAGCUCCUCUUGCCUCUCAUCAUGUCCUCCACCUCUUCCUCCUAUUCCUCCUCGGGGGAAACUAGUCCGGAGGAUGUACCCCGAGGUGGGGGCACCAUCCGAGUCUACCUCCCCAACAAACAGAGGACAGUGGUGAAUGUUCGCCAAGGACAGACUGUGCAUGAGAGUCUAGACAAAGCGCUCAAAGUGAGAGGCCUAAGCCAAGACUGCUGUGCUGUAUUCCGCCUUCUAGAAGGUCGUAAGAGACUGACAGACUGGGACACAGACAUCACUCCUCUGGUUGGAGAAGAGCUUUUAGUCGAGGUCCUGGAUGAUAUUCCCCUCACCAUGCACAAUUUUGUACGGAAAACCUUCUUCAAGCUAGCUUAUUGUGAUUUUUGCCACAAGUUUCUUUUUAAUGGCUUCAGAUGUCAGACAUGUGGCUACAAAUUUCACCAGCACUGUAGUAGCAAGGUCCCUACUGUGUGUGUGGAUAUGGAUACUGUGAGCAAACGGUGUGAUCCUAAUCCUUGCGCAGAUGAGUACCCACAGAUAAUAUUGCCAGAAAAUUCCCCAUCACAGAGCAACCUAGCCUUAACCCCAGAGCCUGCUGGGAUGGACCUCUUGUCCCCAACCCCAGCCUUUCGCUUCCCCAUGCCUGGUGGAGAUUGCCAGUCUCUACAGAGGCAUCGCUCCACCUCCACUCCCAAUGUUCAUAUGGUCAGCACAGUGGGCCCUGUUGGUGCCAGCAUCAUAGAGGAAGUGCUAAAAUUCAACAACACAAUGGGUCCUGAGCCCUCACCGAAGCCCUCCACCAGCCCACCCUCUUCUCUCGGCUCUCCAGGUCGGAGACCACCAAAGUCCCCUUCAGAGCACAAGGAGCGCAAGCCCUCCUCAUCUGAUGACAAAAAGAAAGUGCACCGAGGGGGCUACAGAGACUCAAGUUACUACUGGGAGGUCCACUCUCGAGAAGUCACCAUUCAGAAGAGAAUAGGUGCUGGCUCCUUUGGAACGGUCUUUAAGGGGAAGUGGCACGGAGACGUGGCAAUCAAGAUCCUUAAAGUCACCGAGCCAACACCUGAGCAGUUACAGGCCUUCAAAAAUGAAAUGCAGGUCUUACGGAAGACCCGACACGUCAACAUCCUGCUGUUCAUGGGCUACAUGACUAAGCCCAACUUUGCCAUCAUCACACAGUGGUGUGAAGGAAGCAGCCUGUAUCGCCAUCUGCAUGUCACAGAAACCAAGUUUGACACUAUGCGGCGCAUUGAUGUGGCUAGACAGACCGCACAGGGCAUGGAUUAUCUUCAUGCGAAGAACAUAAUUCAUCGAGACCUGAAAUCAAACAAUAUUUUUCUCCAUGAGGGCUGGACUGUUAAGAUUGGUGACUUUGGCUUGGCCACAGUGAAGUCUCGGUGGAGCGGCUCUCAACAGGUGGAACAGCCUAGUGGAUCCAUUCUCUGGAUGGCUCCUGAGGUAAUCCGAAUGCAGGACAGCAACCCAUAUACGUUCCAGUCUGAUGUAUACGGCUACGGAGUAGUGCUGUUCGAGCUGAUGUCAGGGACCUUGCCUUACUCCAAUAUCAACAACAGAGACCAGAUAAUCUUUAUGGUUGGACGUGGUUACUUGUCUCCGGACCUCAGUAAGCUGUAUAGUACCUCACCUAAGUCAAUGAAAAGGCUUAUCAUUGACUGCCUGAAGUUCAAACGUGACGAGAGGCCCCUGUUUCCACAGAUUCUGGUGGCCAUUGAGCAGGUGCAAGACCUGCUGCCAAAAAUCGAGCGGAGUCGUUCAGAGCCAUCCCUCCAUCGGGCCGUCCACGCUGAGGACCUGAAUCCCCUCCUGUUCCACACCACCAGGCUGAUGCCCCUCUAAGCUUCCUGCAUCACUGGGCAGAGAUGCUGUCACCCUGUCCAAAACCACAGCAUUCAUAUGCCUCAGAGAGGCCACAGCUGGCUGUCCUGACAGACCAUGACCCCAAAUCACUCUCUGCCCCUGCAAAGCUCUGGAGCUUCACCACUCAGCGCAAAACUCAGUAACAAACUGCAGAAAUAACCUUAACAUGUUGCUUAGUGGGAUAGUGAAUGUUCUUUUCCUUUAUACAAGUGACAGAGAUCUGCUCAUUAAGUGAAAGAAUGGUCUACUGUAUCUAAAAGUACGUUAAAAUGCCUCUGAUCAGGUUUGGUGCAGGUCACCUGAUUAGCUUACAUACUUCAAAAGCUCAGUCGUCAUGCGCCCCUUUCAGUCUAAUGCAAUGUCAAUGAGGCCAGAGAUCUGAGAUGUGAAGCUAGGGGUUUGAAAGCAGACUGAGUGCCUGUUUAAGAGUUUUUUUGAAAAAAGACAGGCCAUUUUGUCUCAAUGGAAACCUUCAGUAUUUACUGGUUUUACAGAUAUUUCACAAAUACAUUGGUGCACAAGCAAUAUAUUUAACCACAACAAAGGAACCAACAUGAGGAAGCAGAGUAAGAUCAUGCUUAGACUUUUAGAAACCUAUGAUAGGUGGACAACUUCAUACACUGAACCAUGCAAAAAGAUUUAGUAAAAAAAAAAAAAAUUAAAAAUACCAAUCUUGGUGAAACUCUCUGCACAUACAGUGAAAGGCUUGAAAAACAGUAAAGUGGUGGAUCUUGGCAAAUCAAAAUGACCUUGUCUUCCGACACUCAUCUCGUAUAACUCAUCUUGUAUGGAUAGAUGUAAUCAAGCAGGCACUCCAUUGUCUUUCAAAUCACCAAGUUAAUUUUGAAUUUGAUUUUCCAUUGAUGUUGUAGUGGACUACUAAAAAGUCAGAUACCAAAAGAACAUUGGACCUGUGGAAGUUGAACGGCUGACUUGGCAGGACCUGGUAAAAUUGGCUGUAGAUCCAAAUCAACACAUAUGUCUAUUACCACAAUGGUUUAGAGGGGUAGAGAUAUGCAUUCUAAUUCACUUUAUUGCUAUUUAGUCUUAAAACCUUAUUGAUUGGGAACAAUACAACAGGCCAAGUUUAACUGGUUUCAGUAAUUUCCUUUUAAAGUAACUAAAAACAAAAAAACACAAUAAUGCUCUAUUUUAACAUGCUAUCAAUUCCUGGAACAAAUUGAUUCCAUGUAACUUGUAAUGUUAUUUACCUAACUCCACUGGAGUUUUUUUCAGCUUUUGUAAGAAGUUCAGACUGAUUACAGAAUUAAGUUCUUAGGACCAAUAUACUUGCAGUGUAUACAAGAGGAUCAUUCUGAUAUUCAGCAUUUCCAAGUCAAAAUAUUACAUGUUUUCAAAGUAUUCCCAUACAUUUUAUUUUUGCCAGUGGAGGAAAAACUUUUUAAAACAUCAGUUAGAUCGUCACGGGACUCUUAACACCAUUAACACCAUAUUAGGAUGUUGAUACGAUUAUUAGGAAAGUUCAGAUUAGGGAUUCUCGGUAGUCCUCUACCUUGGUCUUUACUAAUUCUAUUACUUAAAACUCCCACAUUUCAGACAUUUGUAGUUCUGACAGGUUGAUAUGUAAUCUUGUGUCAAAUCAGUUCUGUUUGUUAAUCCACCCCCCAACACAGUGAUAUUUACAUAUUUACACAAAAGGCACACACCUUACAGCUCUCAUUCGAGAACAGUGUCAAAUUGAAGCAACUCUUACGGGACAUGAAGCUCUAAAGGCUUUUUAUUCCUGAGGUUCCUUUUCAUUAGUUUAAAAUCAGAAUGUCAUUAUGCUCCAGAUUGCAGGAUUGCAGAUGAGAUGGCUUUUACUUAUGUUGUUGCCUACAUGAUUGUAAUUCUAGCCUAAUUAGAAAUUGACAGAUCUUGGUAAGAUGCAGUCUUAAUGUAAAUGGUUAGUUGUAUUGCUGCUAUAUUUAGUAAGUAUUUUUCUAAACCUAAAAGAUGAGACACACUUGGACUGGAGUCCACAGCCCCAGCACACAGCUUCAAUAAGUCUUUUGCAGUCCUGUCUUAAAAUUUAUUCUUAACGCUUUCAAAUGUGGCACCAUGGAUUAGCUACUAUAUUUCACGCAUACGUGCCCCCACACAUACAGUUAAAGUAGUACUGUGGUUGUUGGGGAUGCAUUAACACUGUGACUAACAUGGUAAUUGGUUGCUUCGGUUUGGAUGCACUGUGGGAGGUGUGAGAAGUUUAAAUAAUGAUUAAGCUUCAAAUGAACUAGGCAAUUUCUUUCACCCACAGUGCAAGAAAUUGUUUUAGACUUGAGUACCAUUCAUCCAUCAGUGUUUAGACUGAACUCCAGAGUAAUGCAAGCAUUUGCAAGUCAUUAGCUUUGGGUUAUUCCAUACGUAGUUUUUUCAAUCAACAGUUGUAGAUGACCAGUAAACUGAAGUGGCUGUAGUUGUCAUCGUCCAAAUCUUUUUUAAUUUUUAUUGUUUUAUUUUUUAAAUUUACCUGGCAGAGCUGUAGCUGCGAAAUUGGGUUUGUAGGGAAACAGGGAAAUGUGUCGAUAGCUAGGAUGGCAAAUUGAUUCAGUGUUUCCCUGCCCUCCCUGUGAGUGUUUCAUGGCCAAGCUUCUCCAUUCAUACUCUGUACACCUUUUCCUGUUUUCACCUCUGGAAAAGAAUGAGUGAACCAAGCAGUGACCUGUUUAUCAUGUUGCUCACAGUGUUAUCUCUAGGUUAGCCCAGGAACAAGUUGAUAUUGUCUUUUGACUAACAUAGUAAAUGGAAUCAGUUUUUUUCAUUUCUUGGGGUUUGUUUUGUUCAAGAUUCCAUUUGACCCCUUGGGCAAUGCAUCGGCUGUAAUCCUCUAAAGUAUUACACCUGAUGCAAUAAAUUUCCAAUAAAUGUGGAUGUAUAAUAACUAUAGAUGAAAGGAUUGAAACAAGCUGCUUACAUAACUAUAAGACAAGGUCAAAAUAAAGGCUACAGCUGCAUAAAGACCUUCCUAAGUAAUGAUGGGGGAACUGCGGUGAUGUGUGGUGCCUUCUGGCACGGUUGUAUUUUAGAGGUCAGUGUGUCUGCUGCAUUAUGAGCAUGGUUUGACAAUGAGAAGGCCUCCGGAUUCAGCUAACAUUACUGUGUGACAACCUGUGCCUUGUUGAUCGGGGCAUAAACUUUUGUGAAACACUGCUCCCAUUAAGAGAAAAAUGCAUCAUGGGAUUUAAGUUAUCACAGGGAAUAGUUAGCAGUUUGGCGCACAGGCUGAGCCCUUCCAUGGAUUAUAAAACUAAUACCAUGCAAAAGUACUAUACACCAAUGCUGAACCAUCAAAAGUGUACAUGGGGGAGAACUUGCUGAACUAUGCCUGGAGCUUCUUUUUCUCUCAGCUUCUUUGAUCUCUGACACUCGUGGGAAGUACUGUAUUUCUAGAAAGCUUUUCUGUUGUGGAAAAAUAAUUCCACUUGGGCUUCAACAGAAUAUAGUAAAAGAACCUGCUUUGUUUUCUCAGAAAUGCUUUACGUAGAAACAGAAAGAGAAACUCAACUUCUCCUUCAGCCAGACAGUUGACAGUAUGCUAUCAGUAGCAUCCGCAGAGGAGUGCUUUCAGCUUCAGUAAAAGUUCUGUCAAUAAAUUCAUACCUGAUAGCCCACCAGUCCGUACAGUCAGACUUCUGUGCUGUUGACCAGGGUCUGAUUCCACUUGCUCAAGGACAAAUUGGUAGUACUAAGCAGUUAGGUUUCAAUCCAAGUAAUUUUAGGUUUACUGUUUGAGUGGAAAUGGUUCAUUUUGGGGAAGUAAACAAUACAUGGAAGUAGAAACAGAGAAUGAAAAUAGUUUCUUUGGCUUAUCAAAGUUUGCCCAGCUGUCAUGGAAUCGUGAAUGUUCAGAUCUCCCAUUUUUUCUUUGCUCUUGAAGGACUUCUUGUGCUGGUGGAGACUCACAGUUGAUUCUUGACCUUUAGAAACAGCAGUAUUGAAAAAUAAUCUUACCCCAAGGUUCAUUAAGUAGCUGUUUUGAAGCUUGGAAACUCCAUUUGCUAAAGUAGAUUGUGUGGUAUGAUUGAAAGCCAAGGAGCAGCGACUAAAAAGACCUUGUGUUGAGAUUGUUUUCUCAACUGAUGAAAAACUGUUUAUUUUUGUUAAUAGCAGUUGAAUAUUGUUUGUCCAGUUUUGGCUGAAAUGAAUCUCGGCUUCUGGCCAUGGUAUCCACUGAAACUCCAUUAAUCCCAUUGAGACACUUUAUUGUAGGCCAUUGAACAGCCAACAUUGCCUCUUUUUUUGGCUUGAUGGUUGCGUGGAAACAUACUGAGUGACGAAAGAGCCACACCUUCCUGUAGUCUCAACUCUUUCAGGAUUUUCAAAAAGAGCCCUUACACAGACAUUUUUUUCUCUAGAUGUUUUAAUUUCCAUAGCACUUUCCUGUUUUUGACUGGUCUUUUUCUUAAAUUUAAAAGUAACGA